AUGACUGGCUCGGACGAACACAGCGCCCACUGCGACGCCUCAAGUGACAGUGAUAACUAUGCGAUCAGUGUCAGUCGUCUGCGCUCUGGUCUCCAGCAGGUGCUUGCCGCGGUUCCCGUUGCUAUUACUCAGGCCCACCCGGCUCUUCAAGUGUUGGUGACAGGUAUGCCUCCAGUUGGAGAGCACCGACAGCUUCAAGCAUUGGCUUCGUGUCUCGCUCAAGCGGAACUACGGGAGCGGAUUGUGCUGCACCUGCGGCCGUUCUUGCUGGACUUGGUCGUACGAUUUCUUGAUCCAGGGCUGGAGCUGUACGACGAGCACGAGCCACGCGCGUACAGCGAGUGCAGGGACCUGAUGAAGCGGAUGGAGAUCGUUGCUGCAACUUUAGCGGAGCUGCUGCUUGUGCUGCCUACUGGUGCUGCUGUGAUACAGCAGUACUUUGAGACGGCGCCUUGUUUCUUUGCGUUCGCGGACUCGGACGCUGCUCAGAAGCAGUUGCCGUGCCAGGAGACGCUGACGAGGCUGCGACGGAUUGCCAAGACAGCUUUUGAACUGCUGAGAGUGGGACCGCGAGAGCUCGUGCUGCUUUGGAAUUGGACGCCGUUUUUCCCGCUCUGUUUUCACGAUGACACGCACAUUCGCUGGUACGCAGCGCGCGCAACGGCGUCGAUUUUGACUAUGGAUAGUACUCAGCGGAGAAGUUUUUUCAGUGGAUUGAAUGUGAGUGAAGAAGCUGCUGUACGUGGCAGCUGUCCGACCGUGCGACAGAUUGAACUUGAGGUGCAUUGCGAAGCUGUGACACGGCAAGAGCAGCUGAUUAAAGCGAGUACGUGUCUGCAGAAAGGUGGGCGUGACAGUGUAGAGACGCAAGCCGUGUCGUUUCACGACUCACUGGCGAAUAUCUUCGGCGUUGUUAUUCCCACAAGCAAGCUCCAGGAGCAACGACUCGUGUCGGCAGAAGCGUCAGUGCGUAUUGAACCGCUUGUACCCACAUUGUCGACGAAACGGAGCUUACGAUCACUAGCUAUUGCACUCGGUCUAAAGCGGCCCAUUUUGGUUGCAGGUCCAGGCGGAUGCGGCAAAACAGCCAUGAUCCGGGAACUCUCUCGAUUGUCUGGCAACGAUGACAUGGUGGAGCUGCAUUUGGACGACCAGAUUGAUAGCAAGACGCUGCUCGGAUCAUAUGUGUGUACUGACAUUCCGGGUGAAUUCACAUGGCAACCUGGUGCGCUCACAACUGCUGUGCUGGCGGGGCGGUGGGUUGUUAUCGAGGAUAUCGAUCGAGCACCAUUCGAGGUGCUAGCGGCGUUGAUGCCACUGCUUGAAACGCGCGAAAUGGUGCUUCCUGGUCGCGGCGAGUUGCUAGUGGCACACCCAAACUUUCAGAUUUUCGGAACGACAACGCAUGGUCAUCAAAUGCCAAAGGGUUUCCAGGACUCUGUUUGGACGAGUGUAAGAGUCGCACCUCUUGCAAAUAGCGAGAUUGAGCAGAUAUUGCUUACCCGUUUUGCUAAGAUCCCGCAACAGGUGAUAUCAAAAAUGAUGAUCACUUACAGUGUUGUAUGUGGCGGUACGAGCGACGAGGUUGGUGGGUCGCUGCAUCUGUGGAAGGAGACACGGCGUAAUUAUGGGCGUGAUUUUUGCUUACGUGACUUGCUGAAGUGGUGUAAACGAAUAUAUCACUGUAGCUCCUACACUGCAGGAGCUACUAGCCAUUGUUUGUUCUCUAGCCACGGUUAUAUUACUGAAGACGAGCGCAUGAGCAUUGUAGUAGAGGCACUUGAUGUAUUCUGCGCAGGAAUUCGGGAUCCAAAGACGCGCUUGCAUUCCGCUUGCGCGCUAGCAGCCAUUUGGGAAGUUCAGGCUGACAAGAUUGAGCAUUAUCUCGAGCAGCACAAGCCCCAUGUUACAUUCAACCUACACGAAGUGGAGUUUGGUCGUGUGCGUUUGCCGACACUGUCCCAACAAGCACAGGUUAAGCAAGGUGACAAGCCAGCUACUAGCUCUGUGGUGAUGACUGGCCAGGUGCUCCGUCUAUUGGAGAAGAUGGCAGUCACUGUAGCUACUCGUGAGCCAGCACUGCUUAUUGGUGAGACUGGCUGUGGUAAGACCACCAUCAUCCAGCACAUGGCCGCAGCAAUGGGACAACACCUGGUUGUGCAAAACUUGAACAUCCAGAGUGACAGUUCUGACCUAGUGGGAGGCUUUAAACCGGUGGAAAUUCAUUUGCUCGCUCGCCCAUUGUACGUGACCUUCGUAGAUCUGUUUACGGCUACAUUUUCGCAAAGGAGCAAUGCAGGCUUUCUUAACGUAAUUCGAACUGCGCUAGAGCAAAAGGAAUGGAAGAAGUUGGUGAAAGGCAUGCUGAAAGCUAUCCAUAUGGCUGCCUCUCAAGUGCAGGGCGUCAUAGGCGAAGCAGGUCGUGAGGCAUGGCAGAGCACUGGUAGUAACAAAAUGUCGACACCCGGUAAGUCGACGAGUUAUUUGGCAAGCCGAUGGGAUGCAUUUGAGGCUGAAGUGAUGCGGUUUGACAGGCAGAAAGAGCAAGCCGAAUCGCACUUCGCCUUUUCAUUCGUGGAGGGUGCCUUAGUAAAGGCAUUGCGUGAGGGUCAUUGGGUACUGCUCGAUGAAAUCAAUCUUGCAUCGUCCGACACACUGGAGCGAAUAAGUACGUUGCUGGAGCACGAAACGAGUGCAUUUUCGAUCACAGAACGUGGUGAUGUCGAAACCAUUCGCCCACAUGCUAACUUUCGUAUCUUCGGUGCUAUGAAUCCGUCUACGGACGUCGGCAAGAAGGAUCUGCCGCCUUCUCUUCGCAAUCGUUUUACGGAAAUCUAUAUUGACGAGUGUGUCGACCGCUCAGACUUGCAGAUGGUGGUUUCCAAUCAGUUCAAGGAAAUUGCGGGCACUUUAGUACCUCAAACGGUCGAGUUUUAUCUGGAAGCAAGAAAGCAAGCUGAUUUACGAUUGAGCGACGGUGCACGUCACAAGCCUCGCUACUCGCUUCGUACGCUAAGCCAAGCGAUGCACAUUACGCGCAUUCUAGUCCAGCGAGGCUACGGCACACCCCGGGCGAUGUUUGAAGGAUUUUGUUCUAGCUUUUGUACUCAGCUUGAAACAGUUUCGCGUGAGUACCUUGAGAGACUCAUUAAAAAUGCAUUCGCAAAGACGAUGAAGUCAAAGGACUUGAUUCGUUCCCCGCCGUGUCCUGGGGGCUCAAAGAAGACUGCUGACUUUGUUCUAGUGAGCUCGUAUUGGAUUCGCAAAGGCGACUUCCAGCUACCGAGAGACGAUUCGUUACCGGAUCCCGUCACCUCACGACGAAAGUUUGUGCUCACAAAGUCUGUGGAAGAAAAUCUGCGUCAUUUAUCACGGGCAGCUUUGAUCGGUAACUACCCUGUGCUGCUUCAGGGACCGACGUCUGCUGGUAAAACAUCGCUGAUUGGAUACUUGGCCGCACGCAUCGGGCAAAAGUGUGUGCGCAUUAACAAUCACGAGCACACGGAUAUUCAGGAGUACUUGGGAAGCUACGUCUCCGAUUCGAAUGGGAAGCUUGCUUUCAAAGAAGGUGUGUUCGUAGAAGCUAUUCGCAUGGGCUGGUGGAUCAUCUUGGAUGAGCUGAAUUUGGCUCCUUCGGAAGUUUUGGAGGCUUUGAACCGACUCUUGGAUGACAACCGUGAACUGUUUGUGCCAGAGACACAGGAAAUAGUUAAACCUCACCCGAAUUUUAUGUUGUUUGCAACGCAAAACCCACCAGGGCUGUACGGUGGACGCAAGGUACUAUCACGCGCAUUUCGCAACCGAUUUUUAGAGAUUCAGGUUGAUGAAGUUGCACCCAGUGAGCUCCAGACAAUUCUGCAAGAGCGCAGUUUACUACCUCCGUCGUAUUGUGGAAUACUGAUUGACAUAAUGCAGCAGCUGCAACUUGUACGGCAGCAAUCAUCAGUAUUUGCCGGAAAGUCAGGAUUUAUUACUACCCGUGAUUUGCUUCGGUGGGCGGAUCGUCGACCAGCAACAAAGCUAGCUCUAGCCGAGGAAGGGUACUGUUUGCUGGCUGAACGGUUACGGAAGGAUGAGGAAAAACAGAUAGUUAAGCAAGUUUUAGAAGAGAAAUGCAAUGUCAAGAUCGAUUUAGACAGCCUAUAUUACAGCGGAAAGCCCCGUGAGUCAAACCUGCUGAACGAGAAUGGUGAGAUUGAGCAGGAGACGGUAUGGGGCACCGAGGAACAAUUUGAGCGUGUCCAAGCGAUGGUGGGUCACGCGAUCGACGAAGCCGCUUCUGGCAUAUCGAGGAAUGAUGGGCCUAGGUCUUCAGGUAAUGCAGUAGGUUUGGAUAAAAUCAGUUUGACGAAGUCAUUGCGGCGACUCUUCGCACUCGUGGGGCGCUGUUUGCAAAACAAGGAGCCUGUUCUCUUGGUGGGAGAGACUGGUUGCGGGAAGACUACAGUUUGCCAGUUGUUCUCGCUUCUUUUCGCCCAGCCGCUCCUGAUUUUGAAUUGUCAUCAGCACAGCGAGACAUCAGAUUUUCUCGGCUGUCUACGACCUGUGCGUGGGAAAGAGAAGAUCGCUCAGGAGUUGGAAGAGGCACUGAGUGAUUUUUUUACGUUACGUGAUGAGGAUUGUAUACGUGAAAUGGGAACUGAACAAGUUCAGACGGGUGGCGAGGUCAACGGGCUAAGUGCGAUGCUCGUAAAGUAUCAGGAUGCGCGGGCUAGCGCCGUGGGUAGUGAAUCGACGCAGCAGAGGGAGCUGGUUGAGAAUAUUGACGUAUUGAAACGACGCUACCAGUCUAUUUUUGAAUGGGCUGACGGUCCUCUGGUGGAGUCCAUGAAGAACGGUGAUUUGAUUUUGAUUGAUGAGGUAAAUCUUGCAGAAGACGCCGUGCUGGAGCGUCUGAAUAGUGUCCUCGAGCCAACGCGAACGCUGCUGCUCGCUGAAAAGGGUGGCGAUCAAGUUGAAGAGAUUGUAGCUCAUCUGAAGUGGCGCGUGAUGGCGACGAUGAACCCUGGGGGCGAUUUUGGCAAGCGCGAGUUGUCGCCAGCUCUACGUAACCGUUUCACCGAGAUCUGGGUCCCGCCAAUUUCUGAUUUGGAGGAUAUUGCCACGAUUGUUCGCGACAAGUUGGUUGGACCUCGAGCGAUUGUGUCGCCUGACCCUAGUAGCCAGCCAAGGACUAUUGACGCCUUGGCUUCGCUAUGCCACCCUAUUUUGAGCUUCGUAACAACAUUCAACAAGGCAAACGGGGGUACCUGCGGAUGUGGAGCUGUGACUUUGCGUGACAUUCUCAGUUGGGUAAAUUUCAUCACAUCCGUCGUGAGGAAAGAAAAAGCUGACUCAUCACUGGAGGUAACGGCAUGGACGGCUUUUGUCCAGGGUGCAGCGCUGGCCAUACUGGACGGUCUGGGCCUCGGCUCUGAUAAAGCGCUACACACGGUCCUUAAAGCUAGAGAAGAGGCGUAUGGCUACUUGCUGGCGCUGGUGCCGGACGAGAAUCAGUACAUAAAGGAAAAAGUGAUUGAGUCACUGAAUGUCACGACACUACCUGUCAAAUGUAGCAUUGACCAGUUGAAUUCGUUUGCAACGGAUGGAGUUCCUGAAGAAACGUUCGGUACGACCCCGUUUUUUAUCCCUCGCGGACCUGUUGGUGCGCAACAGAAGUCGUCGUUUUCUCUGAAAGCUCCGACGACGAUGUCAAAUCUGCAGCGAGUGUUGCGUGCCAUGCAAGUUAAUCGCCCCAUCAUUUUGGAAGGCUCUCCUGGUGUCGGUAAGACGAGUCUAAUCAGCGCAUUCGCAGCAGCUUCAGGUCAUCGUUUAGUGCGCAUCAACUUGUCCGAGCAGACGGACAUAUCCGAUCUGUUUGGAUCGGAUUUACCUGUUGCUUUCGGUGGCAAGGAUAGUGACGAGGCAGGGAAAGGAAAUGCCAGCGGCUUGUUCGAGUGGUGCGACGGUGUGUUUUUGCGUGCUCUGAAAGCCGGCGACUGGGUUCUUCUUGACGAGCUGAACUUGGCACCGCAGUCCGUUUUGGAGGGUCUGAAUUCUUGUUUGGACCACCGAGGUAGCGUUUACAUUCCAGAACUUGACCGUGAGUUUGAGUGUCCGUCCUCUUUUCGAGUGUUUGCUGCGCAAAAUCCGCUUCGACAGGGCGGUGGUCGUAAGGGACUCCCAAAAUCUUUUUUGAACCGAUUUACACGCGUUUUUGUCGAGACAUUGCACGAGCAAGACCUCAUUCAUAUCGCGAGCUCGAUGUAUCCUACGUUGCAUUCUGCAGUUAUGGACGCGGAUGUAGGACUCAGCGACUCUCAGUAUACUGGGAAGACUUUGGUUGAGCGAAUGGUCGCGUUCAAUCGAGUGGUGCAUGAAGACACCAUGGUAAACUGCAGGUACGGACGCCUUGGCGCGCCGUGGGAGUUCAAUCUACGCGAUGUGUUUCGUUUCUGCGAGCUGCUGAGUCAAGAGAUACAACUGGUGGAUAGCUUCAAAAGCCAAGUACAAGCGAUAAGCUACUAUGUAAACUUCAUUUAUGUAGAGCGAAUGCGUUCGGCUCGCGACCGCACGUUCAUUUCUCGCCGCUUUGAAGAAUUGUUUGGCGUAAAGCCAACGGAUCGGAGUGCCGUGCCGCUACGCGUGUCUGCGAAUUUUGUAGAAAUCGGAAGCGCGUUGCUCGAGCGACAAGGUGUUCAUGUAAAUUGUGCAGCCCCACCAGUAUUUAAUUUUUUGCUGAAGCCUAUGGAAGCAUUGGUGCACUGCGUGAAUAUGUCAUGGCCAGCACUUCUCGUUGGUCCAUCUGCGAGCGGGAAGACAUCCUCGGUCCGCCUGCUUGCUGCCCUCAGUGGAAAUACACUUCACGAACUUGGUAUGAGUGCUGGGACGGAUGCGACGGAGUUGCUUGGCUGUUUCGAGCAAGUGGAUGUUGGCCGACAGCUGCGUGACAUUCAGCAGAGUAUCCAAAUUGUUUACGAGAAUGUACUUCAGAAAUUGAUGCUCGCAUCUGCGGCCAGUGGGAUUUCUCAAAAGAAGCGAGUUGCGAUUCAAAGCAAGUUCAGCCGACUGUGUAGCUCUUGGUGGGCGCUCACCACGCGGGCAAAGUACCACAGUGAUAGUUCGUUAUCUCUGCAUCACACCGAAGGCGGGAAAACGAUUCAGGGGAGAAAGUUGCCGAAGGGACACUUGGAUGAGGGGGUUGUUGAUAUGAUGAAGAACGUCAUAAGUUUGCUGAAGAGGGAAGCCGAGAAUGAAGAGAUGCAAGCAGCACUUGCUGGCUUUAUAACUGGUAUCGACAAUGUGGUGCAACUCAGUGCAUCCACCUCGAUUGCGAGCUGUUUCGAGUGGGUGGACGGUACACUUAUCCAGGCUAUGGAAAAGGGACAUUGGCUGCUCUUAGACAACGUCAAUUUCUGCAGCUCGUCUGUGCUGGAUCGAUUAAACUCGCUGAUGGAAACUGGUGGUGAGAUGCUCAUUAACGAGUGUGGAAUUAUCAACGGCAAACUACGUAUUAUUCGGCCUCACAAGAAUUUCCGAAUGUUUCUGGCUAUGGACCCUCAGUACGGUGAGGUUUCUCGCGCGAUGCGUAACCGAUGUAUCGAGAUCGCACUUUUGGAAGAGGACACAUCGCGACUGGAUCUUGUCAAGAUCGCGCUGUCUUGUGGAGUUCCAGGGUUUGCUCUUUCUCAAGCUUUUCAGACUGCCCACGAGCGGGUGAUGAACAAGCUAGGCGAGCACGUGGCAGGUAUGAAACAUGGCCGCAUUAACCGCCGGCACUUGGAAAACUGGUCUUCAUUGGCUUCCACGGAGCUUUCACGUGGGACAGACCCCGUACAUGCAAUUGUCGGGUCUUUCAAGCGUGUCUAUGGCGAAGGGUUGUUGGCGCAGCUUGAAAUGGGCCGAGAUUUUCUUGAACUAUUCUCUGAUGCUUUGAGGUUAUCACAGCAAGGCCAAGCUCAGCGUGCGCUUUCAAUGAUUGCUGCGCCUUCUACGCUGGAGCUGUGCGAGCAGAGUGAGAGGUUUUCGCUGCAGCGAGACGUUAUGUAUCUUGAGCAUCUUCUUUUGUCUUCGCAGCAGACAGAAGACAGUUAUGCAGUUGAUGUACUGCUAAGCUGGCUGGCUUCUGAUUGGGGCGGUUCUAACUGUGGAGAUAUAGCGAACCCUCAUCCAGGCGAUGACUUGGAUUCUUGGUUGAGUGAGGUUGCAUUGCGGUUUACACACCGAGGAUCAAACUACUCACAGAAGGCUCUUGAACAAGCUCUUGACCAUCUACCGUCGAAGUCGACCUUGGGGUCACAGGAUGCAAAUAUACCGAUGGCCGUGGCGCUUGCGCCUUUUGCCCUACGUCGUAUUGUCGAAGUGGCAAGUACGUGCGGCGACAGUAGCACUUACUGGUCAAUUACAGCUGACCGUCUCUUGUUUGUAUUGGAAAAGAUGGCUUGUGACUUGAGGGGCAACGCGAACACCUUGAGCUUGAUCGAAUUGCUUACGCGUUUCCUCCGGUCGAUAACAAAGACGGAAACCUUGCCUCCAACGCCAGUGUAUCUUUCCACAAAUCAUGCGGCCUUUUCAAAGUUGCAGUCCGUCGUGGCCAAACGUGUUGCAAGCAACCCCUCCCUGAAGACCGACCUUGACAGCGUUUGGAAGUCCAUGCUUGUAGCUCAGCGUCAUCUCAAGCUGCUCAGUGGCACUGAGUGGUUAAGAUUUUGCGAGCAAGAAGAGUAUUUGGAAAUUGAUCUACUGUGCACGAAGUCUUCAAAAAGCAGCAGUCAAAAGUGCAGCAAGAGAAGCCACCGUCUCGAGAGCGGUUUGAACGAUCUGUCGGUUCUGCAGCAGUCUUACGCCGUGCACAAGUAUCAAGCUGACCGUUCUAGCGUGGAAAAUGAGCUGACAUUUUUGGUGUACCCGCUUUUGGAUGCUUUUGACACUUUCUUUGCAGGGUUUCAUGGAGACCUCUCGGGUCUAGUGAUGGAUACUUUGUUUUUUGAUGCUGUCGAAGCUGUUCUUCGAAGCCGGUUUGAGUUUUCCAUGCAGUUGCGAGUGAACGUCUUCGAGUGGACUCGCUUUCUCAUCCACUGGCGAUGGUUAAAGAAGUCGUUGGUGCGGCUAGCGGGACUAAUGAAGCAACAUCCAGCUGGUGCGUUUUCGUGGAACUCGCGCUGGGGUGCUUUGCUGGACAUGACUCAGCGCGUACAGGAAACCAUCGAGAAGACAGUUGGAUGUAGCUCUCGAAAAGCUGUACUGUGGAAAAAUGGAGGCCACUCCAUACUUCCCGGUAGUGCUGAUCUAUGGAAAGCUGAACAUGUACUCAGCCGGUUGUCCGACACGUUCAUGCAACAUAAUGUGUCGUUUUUUUCUCCUCUUUCCGUUUGCGCAUCUACAGACAGUGCGGAUGGCGAAGUUGACAUACUCGCGCUCUUGUUUGGUGGCGUCACUUCAAUGGAAGCCGCGAUGAAGAGCGGAAAACUGGAUGUGUCGCCGCUAUUUUUCGUGGACGUUGAUUCUCGCAAGGAGGUGUUGCACGCGCUCUGCGCAUUCUCGUAUUUAGCCCUAGAGCAAAAGCGAGGGAAGACCACAAACGCGUCGUCAGUAACGCAGACAUAUGCGCUUACGACAGAGUUGCUCAAGCUACCUGGUGUCCUUCUUACGAAACUAAAAGACAGGCAGUCAAAAAUCACGGAGCUUGUAUCGCGAAAGACAUUGUACUUGAGCGAAAUUGAGGACAAUGCUGAUAAUCACGUAGACUUUCUGGGCGAAGAGGAUCGUCGGAUUGGCAAGGAUGCGCCGAUCUUGUUGUUUGACGUAAAAGAGAGUGCAUCGUUACUGGAUCAGAUGGUUACCUACCAAUUGAGCCCGAUGUUGGAGCAUGCUCUUGCCCGCCGAGAGCUUGAAUGUAUCACAAAGCUGCUGCAUGUGAUGAAUAUGUACCGCUUGUGCAAGAACGACAUGUCUCAAAUGAGAUACAACGAAAUCGUAGCGGAUAUUUCUAACGUUUUGAAGUCACUGGAAGGUAUCAUUGAGAAAAUCGUGCGCCUGGGGCUUCGAGAUCCUGCUAGCUUCUACGCCUACCAAGAUAUCGUGUGGUGCGGGCACAAGUAUGUUUCUCUGGAGGGGCCCAGUGAGGGGUACGAUGGUGAGACCGCUGAGCUUGACUGUUUCGUCUCCUUAGCUCAAUCACGCUUAAACGGCGUGCUCUUUGAAUUUCACAAGUCGUUGCGCUGCAACAGCUUCAACCAAAUGGAUCUAAUAUCGCUUAGCGUUUUCGAUACUCGGAAGAAGAUGCGCAAGACUACCAGACGCUCUUCUAUCAGUACUCACGCUGCUGACCACGUCCAUGUUGUCGCGGGCUACCCACGUUUGUUCCAAGCUGUCCAGAGUGCAGUCGUACUCAAAAACAUUGCAGAGGUGAACCUAGAAGAGUCAACGUGCCCAACGAGCGAGGCGCGGAUGCGUGCGGUACGGCUGGAAAAGAUCAUGAGCCACUUCGAAACUCAGCAGCCUGAGUCGGAGACACGAAUGUUGAGUACAAACAUAUCGCUUGUGAAAGAACUCUUUGUUACGACUGUGCUCGCGUUCGAGUCGACGUUUCAGGAGAGUUGUGUGUGGAAGGAGAUCCAGUCUCUUCUUUCUCAGCUAACUUGUGGUUAUGAGACAUUCGAUGGUAACUCUCAGGCCAAACUGUUAAAGGCUAUGCGAACCUCGAAGGACGACACGUUUGUAAUGUUAGUUGAUGUUCUCGUAGCGCCGUUGAUGACAUCGAUGGUAUUGAAAGACCAGGAGCAACACGCUGGUCACCACCCAAGUGCAAUGGGAGAAAGUAUGGCAUUGCUGGGUUUAUGGCGCUUCGCAUUGCUUCUCCCGUCUUCACCAGUGGAUCCCGUAACGAAGCCGCUAGUGAAAAGGGAAAAAUUUCUCAACCGCUUGGCGGUGCUGACUAUGCAAGACGCUGCAAGCUCUUCAAUUCAUCGACUCAAUCCGUCACCGACGCCGUUGGCAGAUACGAUCGAAAACGAUGCUCGUGUAUUGCAGGAAUUGCACAGUCAAGUUUCGGAACUGUCUGCUGAUGCUAUCCAGCGCUACCAGUCAACCACGCCCUAUAAUGUUGCUGCAGAGCUGGACCCCCAUAAAAUUGAGAUUCGGCCUGUAGCAACCUCUGUGUUCGGACAACUCUUCCGUGAUUUGCUGCGUUUUGACGCCACGGUAAUGCCAGCUGAAAGAAUGCUGGCAUUGGUUUCCACGCUUCGAUCGUCGAAGUUAUCGCAACAGCGUAAACGUGAGCUCUUACGUGAACUGGAGAAUUUUCAGCAGACGUCAGAUAGCUUUCUUGCGCAAUUGUCAACGAAGUUUGGCCAGAGUUUCCGUGAUAUCUUGGAGCCUGUGGCAGCCGCUAUCUAUUGCGUGAAAGAAGGAGUCGCACUGGUUACAUGGUCCCUUUGCGAAACCCUGAAGGAUGCGUCACUCGAGAGACAGCAGAAAGAGGGAUUGGCUCUUACUCUACUGCAAUUUCCCUCAACCUUGAACGUGAACAAAGUGGAUCAGUCUUGGCGCAGGAUUCAGCUGAUGCUACAAGUUGUUGGCACGUCCGCCAUAUCAAUUUUGUUCGGUCCUGGUGUAUCGAACAAACGCAAAGUCGAGGUGGCUUUGCUGGACGUGGCACUUUCAAAAAUGGAGUUUCUUUUCCGAGAAACGUUGACGACUUCGCGCUCACAUCGUGCGCUUGACUCCACGGCGAUCGAUACCGCUCUCCAAAGCAGCAAGACCCUGUUCAAUUUGUUCUUGACCAAGUGGCAAGAGCAAAAAGAGCGCGAAGAGCAGAAACGACUGGAGGAAGAGGAGCAGUUUAAGUACAAGGUGCGCCAAUUGGACCUGGAAACGGAAGAAGAUCUGCUGGAGAAGGAGUACCGCGAGCAGUUUCCAGACUACGGUACCCGAGAUCUCCAAACAUUUUUCAGCUCGACUAAUUCGGCAGGUGAUGCUGAGGGAUCGGUUUUGUCAGUAGACACCGAUACGGAUAUGCUGAUCUCAGACAGCGUUAUGCAGCGAUUAUGUGAAACGCAUGUGAAGUUGUAUGCCGAGACCGCGAACUAUGAAGUCACGAUUACCCAGAAUGAAAUUGUGGACACCUUUGCAAAAGCGUUUUCGCUGGCGGUAAAGCUGCGCAAAUCUCUGAAUACGACGGUUUCCACAGCUGUUGAGAGUGCUGUGGCAUCUUCUGGUGUUUUGGCUGCUUCGCUCGUUCAAGCUCGCCUCGGCAAUGUAGUUGCUCGGACAAAGAAUGCUGUACCAUCGUUCGACGCAUUAAACAGUGACUACAUUAAAGGAAUUGAUUUCCAUCAUGAUCCACUGGUCAAGGAAGUUGUUCUGGUUGCCGAACCGUUGCAACGAUUGAUGGUGAAAGUCCAGACGCUCUUGGCUCAAUGGCCUGAUCAUGCCAUUUUACAGCAGAUCGUGUUGAUUGCAGACCGUAUCCGCAACUUCGAGAUCAGCUCCCCGCUUGUUCGAGCCCUUACUGGCGUGGAACUACUGCUACGUAAGGCCCAGGAGUGGGAAAUGUAUGCAGCACGGGCGUACUCGAUAAGUGAGGAGCUCAGUGCUCUUUCAGCCUUGGUAACGCGGUGGCGGAAGCUGGAGCUCUAUUCAUGGCCUCAUCUUUUGUACGUGAAGGAGAAGCACCACCGAUUAAUGGCACAGAAGACGUGGAUCAAUAUGUACUCGCUUCUGACAGCAUCAUUUGAGUCGGAUGCUGGUGUGGUUGAUGACCUUGGUAUUGAGUAUUUGCAUCCGCAGAAUUUGCAGUGGCUUCACCUCAACAGUCUAUCGCAGUGGUUGUUCACACCACUCAACGAGGGAAGAGCUGGUGCUGAGGCGUUGAGCGAUGGCACUCGAGAACGUCAAGCCAAACAGCGUGAGUUCCUGAACAACCUGUUCGAAACGCUGGACGCCUACAUCCGUUCAUGCUCUAUCGGUCAGUACGAGACUCGUCUACUGGUGGUGUAUUCGUUCUGCGCUCAGCUGCUUGUGGAGCUCUGGAGCCCUUCCACGGCCCGGAAGUCAACUGUCGACCUUACUGCAGCCUCUUCGAAACACGCGUUGGCAAGCAUGCUGUACCAUUUGUGCAGUUAUUAUGGACAACACGUGGGAUACUUGGAGCGCCAUCGGAGUGGCCUGAAGGCGCCGAUCCAACGUAAACUGGUCGAGUUUGUCAAAAUUUGUCGGUGGGAUGAACAAACGUACUACUCACUUGCGGAAAGCGCAGAGAAGUCGCAUCGCAAGCUGAUGAAAUUCGUGCGCAAUUAUGACACCGUCUUGACUGUGUCCAUGCAAACUAUCAUCGAUGCUUCAACGGACAGUGGCAUCUCAAAGGAAGGUGGGUUUGCUGGAAUCCAUUCCACGAAGGCUGAGCUCGCGGGUCUCGACGAUGGUGUCGUGGUACCGGUCGACGCUGAGCCGAAUGCGGAGCGUAAUCUCCAUGAAGCCUCUUUUGAUGGAGAACCUGCAGAGACGAAGAAAGAUAAGGGCAAGAUGGUGACAGAGAGGGAACCGCAUGAAUCUGAGAGGCCUCCUGUGUUGCGACUCAAGCAUGCGAGUUUGCCUUCUGUCGCACUGAGUAAAGAUGAUGUGAUGAUGCCAACGUCGUGCUUGUAUGGGUCAAGGAUCCCAGUGCUUUCGAAGCAGAUCUCGAAGUUUACUCAAAAGCAUCUUCUUUCCAUCGACCAAGUGGAGCACCGUCAGCAGGUGCGCACCUUGUGUGAGGAUCUUUGUGAAACGAUUUUCUACCGAAUGUACAAACUCCAGAAGGCGACAGGGCUGCCAAAGAAUGCAAAGAAGAAGGCAUUGGUCGACUUGCUGAGUGAGCUGAGGAGUCAAGGUAUGGUAUAUCAUCGUCUGCAGUUGCCUGCUGAGCUACAACGAAUCGGGCAAUUGUUCGAGUUGGAUGUGCCUGAUGUGGAUAACUGUCUUCAUAUUGAUCAACUGGAUGCUGCUGCGGAAUCCGAAAGCUUCCCAACUGCUGACGGGCAGAAGGGUAAGAAAAUGCGGCGCAAAACUAAGAGUGAACAGCAGACAGGAGAUUUGCACCAGGAUGCACUGACAAAAGAACCUUUGUCAAAGAAUUCACCGACAUGGCUGUGGCAGCGAGCUGACGGAUACUAUUAUCGGUUCCUAGGCCAACUGGCGUCGUUACGGUACACCGCGUCAACCAGUUUCUCGCAUGAUCUAUCAUCCACGGAAAUUGAUCGCAUGGGUGGCUACGCAGAGAAUAUGCUGUAUACGAUGCUUCAGCAGCGGCAGAUCCUUCAUGCCACUUCUCUCAGUCACGAGAUGCUUGUUGACGGACUCAACUCACUGAAGCUGAUGAAGGAGUUCAGAAAGAACUACCUCAUGUCCGAUAGCAAAAACGGGGUUGUUGUCAACCUGGAAAGUGCGAGUAAGUGGCAGUCGUUUCAGCUGGUGUCCGUCAAUGCAUUGCGUCCCUGCCUACGUGAGCUUGAAAUCUCGGUACUACAGAUUCUACAGCAGUCAUCGGCUAGUGCGCUGGUUGUAACUAAAGUCCGUCAGCAAUUCCAGCGCAUUUCCGAACGUUGCGAUGUCGUGCAGAAGUCGCUUACCAGUAGUGCUGGGCUGACCCGGUCACUUGGUGUGCCUGCGAUUCCUCAACAUCUUGUGAAUGCUCGUCAAGAUGGUGAUGCUACUUCCAUGACCUUUGCUCAGUCGUCAAAGCGUGUGUAUGGCGUGUCUCCAGUAAUCUCGAGAGCGAAGUCGUUAUCAGAUGGCUCACAAGCCCUUCCUGUCUCCACUGAUGUGCUAGCCUCAAAUACUGCCCAGUUUGUUGAGAUCAGGGUUCUCCUGCUAAGUAUCUCGUCAGCCUUUGAGACUGUGACGAGACCGAGCUGUUUGGAUGCGUUUCUUGCUGAGUUUGCCACCAUCGUUCACACGAACAGCACGUUUGAGCGGGCCAUAAGUGAGAGCAGUGCGAGUUCAUUUUCGGCACGAGGUGAUUGUAAGAUGGAGAAAGAAUGCGCGCAGUCGAUGGCGAUGUUUAGCGAACAAUUCGACAAGCUUGUUGAAACGGUGCUGGUGUCGAUCCAAGAUUUGACAAAGUUAUCGAAAGAGAGCAAACCAGAGCCCACGACUCAGGAUGCAACCGAAGAUGAAGAAAGUGAGGUGCGGUCGCUUCGUGAUCAGCUAGGAACACUAUCCGCCAUGGUGAAGGAUUCACGUGUAAACCACAUUGCAUCACAUCUUGCAACGCUUCUGGAUCUGCUGCAGCGACAGUAUGAAGAGCUUGUUCGAACUCAGUCGGAGGAGUGGAAGCAGGUGUUUCUUACAUCGCUCACGCUUUUAGAGUGCUUUGAGCCAAGUCUGGUCGAUGUGCGUGGCAUCAGCCGACAACUGCUUGUUGACUUCUUGGUGGCGCAUAAGAGUGUGAUGAAGCUGAAGUACAUUCUCGUACGAGUCUUUCGGAACCUGUUUCAGCACGGCUUUUGCCGGACGGACGAUGAGAAGAACGGUGAAGAGGAUGAAGGGAAUACCGGCACAAUGCAGUUCCAGGACGAUGUGGAAGGAACUGGUAUGGGCGAAGGCGAAGGAAAAAAGGAUGUGAGUCACGAAAUUGAGGACGAAGAGCAACUGUUGGGCUUGCAGGGAGAUCAGCAGGACGAGCCCGAGCCACCAGCUGACCAGAAGCCUGAAGACACAGGCUUGGAAAUGCAGAAUGACUUUGAUGGUACGAUGCAUGAUGUGCCCGACGAGAACGAAGACGAACAGGACGAACAUGAAGACGAGAGGGAAGAGCUCGACCGUGAAAUGGGUGAGUUUGACCAAGAUGACGAGAAUGUGGUGGAUGAAAAGAUGUGGGGCGACGACUCGGAUGACGAUAACGAUGACAUUAACGAGGAGGAGGAGAAGUUUGAGGAAAACUCAAAGGUAGAAGGCGAGGCACUCGAGGAUGAAGUGCGCGGUAAGGAUGGCGAUGACGAAGAGGAGGGUGACCCGAAGAAGGAGACAGAGGACAAGCAGAAGCCGGAGGUGGAUCAGUCGAACGACAAUGAUGCCAACGAUGGUGAUGACGACGACGACGACGCAAAGAUAGAGGAUAUGGUCAACGAUGACUUUCAGGACGAUUAUGAAGAUCACCACGAUGUCGACCCGACAGAGCGGGAGGAUGGCCACGGAGAGGACAAUCCUGAAGAGGAGCACGGCGACGAUCUACCGGAAGAUAUGCAGCUUGAUAAUGACGGUGAUGAUAACGAUGGCGAUAGUGACGUCGAGGGGGACAAUCCGGAUGAUCCAAACAUGGAAAACCCGGACGGGAUGGAGGACGAAGUGGCUGAGGAUGAAGCGAAUGGGGAGGGAACUGGUGGUGAUGAAGAGGACAAGGAUGUUGAGGAGGAAGGUGAGGACGAACAACUAGACAAUGAGGUCCAGCUAGGAGGUGGCGGUCUUGAAGAUGAUCCAGAACAAGCUGAAGAGAAGCAAGAGGAAGAUCCGGAGCAGGUUGACACUCCUGAGAGCAUGGAGGAAGAGCAGGCAGCUUCGACGGUUGCCGGCACUCAGUCAAAGGAAGGCCAGGAUGAACUAGAAGUGGAUGGUAUGGAUGUGGAGGAUCAGGAAAUGAGUGAUGCUGAUGCUCAAGAGCAGGAGCCAGAACAGAGGAACGACGAGAACAGUAGCAGCCGUGCUCAGAAGCAGAGUAGCAGCAACGACCCAAACAUGAAGCAGGAGUACAAGCCGCAGUCGCAAGUUGACAAUGAUCCGGAGCAGGAGCCGUCUCGCGAGAAACGUCGCGAUCGCUGUGAACCAAAUCCGUACCGCAACGCCCGGGAAGCCCAGGAGCACUGGAAGAAGCGCGUGGAGAUGGUUGAGCGGACGGACGAGAAGGAUUCGGAUGGCAACAGCCCCGAGAAGCAGGAGAAGGCUGCAAAUGAAAUGACGACAGCGGAGUUUGUUGAUGACGAUGAGGAGAUGGAAAACGUGGAGCACGCACUGGCUGCUGCUGAUGAAAACCAAGUGAUGAACCAACCUCGGGCUGAGGAAGAGGAGAGCGGGAAUGUUGAGAAGGAAGAGAACGAGUUGGACGCUGGAAAUGAAGCGUCAUCGGCUAUGGAUGUUGACGAAGAAGAUUCGACGAUACCGAUCGACGAGCAGACGCCAAAGGAUGAUCCUGUAUCGAUCAAGCAUGAGCCUGCGCCUGAUUCGGAUGCUACUGAUGAAGUGUCGACGAAGCCUGAGAGGCAAGAAGACCACAAGAUGAAAGCGGAGGAACUUACCAAAGGUGAGCACGAGCUCGUCGACGAGGAAGUGGAGCACGCGAUCCCGUCGAGAUUACGAGAGCUGGACUUGACCCCUGCUACGAGUUUUCCAGAAGAGGAUGACGACACGGAGGUUCAAACGGCGACGCCACUGUCUCCGGAUGAGAUUGCUGCGCUGCGCGAUGAGCUGGACUCGUCCAUUGCGACCUGGUCGUCGCAGUCCGAGCAGGAACGUGGUGCCGAGUUGUGGACCAAGUAUACGGCUCUCACUGCUGGCGCGUCUCAGCGUUUAUGCGAGCAGCUCCGGCUCGUCUUGGAGCCUAUGCUUCGUGCCAAGCUAGAAGGCGACUACCGUACGGGCAAGCGCAUCAACAUGCGCAAAGUGAUCCCGUACAUUGCAAGCCAGUUCCGGAAGGACAAGAUCUGGAUGCGGCGUACACGGCCGUCCAAGCGUCAGUACCAAGUGAUGCUAGCGAUUGACGACUCGGAGUCUAUGGCAGACAACCACGCAGGUCGCUUAGCUUUGGAGGCGCUGGCCACGCUAUGCAAGGGCAUGACACAGCUCGAGGUGGGCGAGCUGGCUGUUGUCAAGUUCGGACACGAGCUGGAGCUUCUGCAUGCUUUCGACAUGCCGUUCACGGAUGACGCUGGGAGUCGUGUCAUUAGUCGCUUUGGCUUUCAACAGAAGAAGACCAACAUGGUGCAGACGCUGGACACGAUCCUGCAGCUACUGGCGACAGCCAAGCAAGCAGCUUCAACUGCCAGUAGUGCAGUCGAGUUCACGCAGAUUGUGUUCCUCAUCUCGGAUGGCCGCUUUGACUCGGACGGCCGCAUCCGUAUCCGCAAACUGAUCGAGACAGCUCUGGAGCGUCAGCAGCUCAUUGUGUUGCUCGUCGUUGACCAAGGUGCAGCUGAAGGUAUGAGCAGUCAGCAGCAAACGUCCAUUCUGGAUACGCAAAGCGUCACGUUUGACAAGGGCAAAGUGCGGAUGGUCCCGUACCUCGAGAACUAUCCGUUCCCGUACUACGUGUUGCUGCCGACGUCGACGAUGCUACCGGAGAUUUUAUCCGAUUCACUUCGGCAAUGGUUUGAGAUGCUGCAGGCCACGACAUGA